GUGACCUUGAAAGGUAUUUUGCGGGAAUUCGACCCUUUGGUUUACCUUAGCGAUAAUGGAUUCAGGUAUUCCAGAUAACAUUCGACGUCGUAAACGAAGAGAACUUACUCCAGAACAAAAACAGGAAAUUGUUGAGGCUUUCGAUCUUUUUGAUACAGAUAAAGAUCAGGAGAUCAGUUAUUAUGAAUUCAAGGUUGCACUUCGAGCACUUGGGUUCGAAUUGAAAAAGCAAGAGGUAUUGAAAACUUUAGAAGAUUAUAAUAUCAAGGAAGAUUCUGGAAAACUUCGAUUUGAAGAUUUUAAUGAAAUAGUAACAGAUAUGAUUUUGGAUAGAGAUCCUGUCACAGAAUUGGUUCGUGCCUUUAAAUUAUUCGAUGAAGAUGAUACUGGGAAAAUUACUUAUCGUAAUUUAAAGAAGAUUUCCAGGGAACUUGGAGAAAAUUUAUCCGAUCAAGAACUUCGUGCUAUGAUAGAAGAAUUCGAUCGAGACGGAGAUGGUGCACUUAAUUUGGAAGAAUUCAUGGCAUUGAUGACAAAGGAGAUAUAGUUCGGAGUUGUUGUUUUCUUUUUUUUUUAACUCGAAGGAAAACGAAGAAAAUGCUGUUCUUAUCUGUAUCUUUUUCCUUACUAACACCUAAUAUUUCAGUUAGUACUUUGAGCAUAAUUUACGUUUUUUUUUCCUGUAGUUUAUAUCAUCCCCUGUAAAUAUAUAUAUAAUAUGUAUGUGUAAGUGAUUGGUGAACUUCUACGUGGUUGAAGGAUUUUAAUUCCAAUUAAAACAAAAAGGAGUGUUGUUUUCGCACUGAUAUAAUCAGUUGUCGUUCAUACACACUUUUACCUGAUAAUUCAAUCAAAAGAAGAUGAAAUGCUUUUCUUCUUUUUCUUCUUCUCCUCUCCUAUUGUUCACAUUCCACUUACAUAUACAUAUACACCUGGUACUUUUUCUAUUUGAAUCACUAUGCUUGUGUAUACCUACUUAAUCCAUAUAUUCUGUUCAUUGUUCAUUGUACUCCUUUUGUAAAUUGUUAUACAUAUAUCUAUACACAUAAUAUCGAAUUACAUCAUAUUACCAACAUCUAUUGACGUUGUGUUUAUGCUUCAUUUAUUGACAUGAAAGUGAUAUAUAUAUAUCGUUGAAAUGAUGUACACACUUGCAUAAAAAGGAAUAAAAUAUCAUUAUUUCCUUUGUAACAUUA